AUGGGAAACUUUGCUGGGAAGGACAAGGGUGUGGUGCAUCCGGUUGAUGAAAAUGAAGGAGAAGACAGAACGCCGUCGCCGAACAGUUUGAUGAGAAUUAAGGUGCGUAUGACUAAGAGACAACUCAAGGAGUUGAUGGCGCAGGUGGAAACGAACAAACUAAGUCACGGGAACUCGGAGGAGCUAGGCAGCGCGAUCCUGCUGGAAUGCUUGGAAGGUAGGCUUAGCGCUCGUGUUGUUGCCGCUGCUGCUGAGAGAGAUCAGAAGGUGUCAAAAUACGAACGGGGUUGGAUGUUGAGCACCGUUUCUGAGGAAGAAGAAGAACAUCAACAUCUGUUGUGA